GUACAAGUCUUCUUUCAAUCUACUUUCUCUUUCUUCGCUCUUUCUUCCUCUUCCGUUCGCCGGCUGCUCAUCGGCUGAUUAAAAAAAUACAAGCCGCCAUGUCCAAUUCACCCUCGUUGACGCCGACGGCAGACGAAUCGGACGCCGUUAGGCUGGAACACUGGUGCCACCAGUGCCUCAAACGCGUAGCCGUCGAAACGGUAGAGAAUAGUCCUGAAGUAAUCUGCAACGAGUGCAAAAAUGGAUUCGUGGAAGCCAUCCAAGCGAUACCUUCCGAUGCUGAUCGAGAUGAUUCUUCUCUUUCCUCCCAGUUCGAAUAUGUUCUGCGGCUUUUAAGGCAGGUGGCGGGUGAGGACGACGGCGUUCAGCCGCCGACUCAGGAUCCCCCAACUGAAGACGAUUUCUUCGGAGUUGAGCUUGACGGGUGGUACAACGAUGAGGACGACGAUGAGGAGAACGAGAACGAUAAUGAAGAAAACGAAGAGGGAAACAACGACAACGUCGAAGAAGAAGAUCGAUCUGUUGAUCAGAAUGAAGAGAAUAGGAACACCGGCGAUGACAGUGAGGAAGAUCUUAGGCGAAUUACCCGCGAGGUGCUCCUGCGUCGGGCCCGAAACCAGUCCCGAAGGAGAUCUAGGCAAAAUCAAUGGACGGAGAUCCGGAUGGGCCUUGGCAACUCCAUCGAGCUACGCUUCGAACUUUCCGAUUCCGACCGCUAUAUUGGCAAUCCAGAGGACUAUGUCGACGCCGCUGGCUUUGAGGACCUGCUCCAGAACUUGGCUGAGAGUGAUAUUGGAAGGAGGGGAGCCCCACCGGCUGCAAAAUCAGCGGUUUCUGGGUUGCCGACAGUGGAGAUCUUAAAGGAGGCGGAGGCGGUUGUGUGUGCUAUAUGUAAGGAUGUCGUCGGUGUUGGAGAAUUUAUGAAGAAGUUGCCCUGUGGCCAUGGUUACCACGGUGACUGUAUCGUGCAGUGGUUGGGUACGAGGAAUUCGUGCCCUGUGUGUAGGUUCGAGUUACCUACUGAUGACGCUGAGUACGAGGAGGAGAGGAAGAAGAGAGGGUUGGCCAGUGUUGAUGGAGCUUCUGCUUCUGCUUCUGCUUCUGCUUCAGGUGUGAGUGACUCGGGUUCAAGUUGAUUCGAAUUGGAUAUCAAGACCAUGCCUUGGCUCUUCUAUGUCUGUUGAUUGAUUCUUUCGAAUUCAAGCCUUAUGGGAAUUUGAUGAGCUGCUUUCUCCACAGAUGAUGCUGGGCAUUGGCACUUAUGGAUUACUGUCCUAGCCAAAAUCUUUUCAGUUCUCUUCUCUCAUUCUAUUUUCGUUUUGCCUUUUCCUUGUAUAUUCUUUGCAAUUGAGUCAAUUGACUGGAAAAGAGAGAAAAGAAAUGGGCAAGAGAUGUUCUAGUUUGGGCCAAGGUCCAAAGCAGAUGCUCCUUUUUCCUUUUAUAAUGGCCUUUUAAUUGUAUACCCUGUGAUCGUUUUAUUGCAUGGAGUCAUGGAUAUGUUGCUAGAUUUUGAGCAGUUCCUGCGGUGACCAAUUUAUC